GACUGCGGGAGGCUUCACGUUAGAUUUCAUACGCGACGAAACUUGGAUUUACGGAGCUCACCUUUGCGCUCAGGUGUCAAAGUAAAGGUGUUUAUACCGCUCGGCCCCCGCGUGUGUCCUCUCCGGCGUCUCUUCAGUUACUGUCCUUUACUUUUGUGUAGUAUUAGAUUAGUUUUUAUUGUUUGGACUGUGUUUGUGUUCAGAUGACGGCGCAGGUAGACUACCUGGCGGUGGCUUUCACCGCCACAUCUGGCGCGAGCGGAGAGCUGCUGGGAUCGGACGAGAAGGAGCUCGUGCAGUUGGUUUGGCAGCUGGUGGAUGUAAAAAACAAAAAGUUGGGCAAGAUGAAUGAGCUCCUCAUUAAGCCUGACCUCCCAGACUUGACAGACGAAAAAGAGGAGAAGGAUGUGGUGGAGGAGAGCGUGGAAGAGAGCGUGGAAGAGGAGAAUGGAUCCAAAGCAGAUUGUGUCUCCACAGCCACAAGUCUCGAGACAGCAUUAAACCUGUUUCAUCUACAACUGACAAACGAGGUGAACAGCGCGGGCGCAGGCACGUCGGUGUGUUUGUGUACAGACGGGCAGCUUCACAUCCGCCAAGUGAUUCACCCUGAGGCCGCAAGCAAGAACAUCCUGGUCCCGGACUGUUUCUAUUCUUUCUUUGACCUUCGGAAAGAGUUCAAGAAGCACUACCCCACGUCUGACCUCAAGGCUUUGAAUGUACACAUCAUGGCAGAGUCUCUUAGCAUACCUGUUGAUGUGCCCUCCAUGUGGGAUCCUUCAGCCACACUGGAUCCGUCCGCCGCAUUGCCUGCAGAAACAGCAGUGCAGCAGGUUGAGAUCAUGGCCAGCAUUGUCCUUGCCCUACUUUCUGAGCCAUUUUGCCACACGUUUUCUAACCAGGAGAGAGUUAGUGAGAAGUUUGAGACCGGCACUUGUAGUAAGAUGGAGAAAGUGUGCGACAACACAGUGAUCAGAGCCAGAGGGUUGCCAUGGCAGUCGUCUGAUCAGGACAUUGCUCGGUUCUUCAGAGGACUCAACAUUGCCAAAGGAGGGGCUGCAUUGUGCCUUAAUGCUCAGGGGAGGAGGAACGGAGAAGCGCUUGUUCGUUUUGUCACUGAAGAACACCGAGACCUGGCACUGCAGAGACACAAACACCAUAUGGGCAACAGAUACAUAGAGGUUUACAAAGCAACAGGAGAGGACUUCCUGAAGAUAGCUGGAGGUACCUCCAAUGAGGUAGCAAUAUUCCUGUCCCGUGAGGAUCAGAUCAUAGUGAGGAUGCGAGGUCUUCCUUUCACCGCCACACACGAGCAGGUGCUCACCUUCUUCUCCCCGGGGGAGGGCCUCAAAGAGACGUGUCCGGUCAGCGGCGGGAAGGAUGGCAUCCUAUUUGUCCGCUAUCCAGAUGGCCGUCCCACUGGCGAUGCCUUUGUUUUAUUUGCCUGUGAGGAACACGCCCAGUGUGCUCUGAGGAAACACAAGGAAAUCCUGGGGAGAAGAUAUAUUGAGCUGUUCAAAAGCACAGCAGCAGAGGUCCAACAGGUGUUGAACCGGUACUCAUCGGCCCCUCUGAUCCCCGUGGCCCCUGCUCCCUUGGUGUCAAUGCUGCCCACAGUGUCUCUCCUGCCCCCUCCUGGUAGCAUGAGGGACUGCCUGAGGCUGAGGGGGCUGCCAUACACAGCGAACAUAGAAGACAUCCUCACCUUCCUGGGCGAGUUUACACACGAUAUCAGACCACAUGGCGUGCACAUGGUCCUCAACCAGCAGGGUCGUCCAUCAGGUGACUGCUUCAUCCAGAUGACCUCAGCAGAGCGGGCGCUUCAGGCCUCACAGCGGCUCCACAAGCAUGUGAUGCCCAGCCAGCGUGGGCCCAACAACCGCUACGUGGAGGUGUUUCCCUGCAGCGCUGAGGAGAUGGGCCUGGUGCUGAUGGGAGGCUCACUCUCACACACACAUACACACACACACAACCGGACCAGGAGUGGGACAGGGCUCAGCCCGCCGCCAUGUAAGUCCAGACGUUUAUCUCCACCCUCCUACUCCUUCACCCCUGCUCCACCUGUGCUGCCCACAGAAGCUGCUGCCCUCUACCCUCCCAUGGGUCAGGUGUUGCUGGCCCCGCGCCCGCUGCCACCAGGACAUGCCUACUACCCUGCUUCAGCUCAGCUAUACAUGAACUACGCAGCAUACUACCCCAGUCCACCUGGCUCACCUACCACUUUAGGUUACUUUCCCUCCCCCUCCUCCCUCUCCUCCCCAGGGGGGUUGGUGCGCAUGCCAGGUCUGACCUACAACAGCAACGGAGUCAAAGAACUCAUUAAUGCGAUGCAGGGAUACCAGAGUCCCGCGGAGUCCAUUUCUCUCCUGAGCAGCAGUCUGAUUGGUCAGUCCAGCAGAGGCGAUGCUCCUCUCAUGUCCCUCCCCGCUCUCAUGACCAAGCCGGGGGGGCAGUACCUGGACCUGACCCUGCUGUAGGGUCACAAAAUAUGCAAAGGUCAUGUGACAACUUGGUGUCAAAGACUUGUAAUGUAUUUUUUAGGUUUUUAAAAUAGUCUUUUAGAUGUGUUAUUUAUAUCCAUAAGAACAGAAAUUAAUGUAUUUUAUACCAAAAUCAUUGUGGCCCUAGCCAAAAAUAGCAGUUUUGUCUUAUAUUGCACAGUGUGUAUUUUAAAAGCUUUAUAGAGAUUUUUUAACAUGUUAUGAUAUUAUAAUCACUAGAAACCGAGAUAAAUCUUUUCCUUAAGCUUCUCUGUGAAGAGUGAAAGUGUGUGUGAGUGCGUUGUAGUGUGAAAGACAUGAAAAUGAGUAUUAUGCAUGUCUGUGUUGAUACGUCGUGAUACUUAAUCUGUUCAUGCAAUAUGUUUUAUGUGUUUAUAUACAUUUGAUACAGUACAUAGUGAUUGUAUUGGAAGCUUUAGUGCAUGAAGAAGUUAGUAGUAAAACUUUAAGAUGUUUACAUAAUGCCAAAUAUCAAUGCACUGCUAAUCAAUAAGACUACUAAUGAAUAUAAUAGCAGUAUCUUUAAAUGAUAGCAUAUAUGUUACACUGUGAGUUUGUCAAAUAGUCUGGUCCUUGCAUCAGGCCUUACUUACAAAAAUGUGACAUCUCACGCUAAAGCCCCUGUUUCCAUGCUGUGUAAUGCCAGUGGUGUCUUGCCUUUUGUUUUGGACUCACAUCUGAACAGAGGACAGUCCUAGUUCUCUGUAACCUAACCACAGGGUUACAUUCUUCAAGAGGACUCAAGUCACAUGUUCUCAGCUUACUGAGUGAAUCUCAGGAGCCAGAGGUGGUUUCUGACCGAUUUUAAUACAUAUUCAACUCCGCUAAGACAGCAAAGAUUUAUCAGUCCAUCACACUUUCGUUGUCUUCUCACCACCAUCUAUGUUGGGGGAAUGCAGUGGAGCUAACAGGUCUCCUGACCCUUCCAACAUGUUUCUUGUGAAUUUAAUUGUCGUUUGUGCCCCACAAAGUUGCUCUUUGGGCUCCAUUUUGCUGUACGCACAUCUACAGUAGGACUUCCCUCUCAGGACGUCCCGCUGUGGUAAUGCUGGAAAAAAAUAAAAUAAACAUAACCU